AUGGCAGCCAAGCGACAGACUGGCAGCAGGCAGACGUACCGGGCAUUGAUGGACAGGAGGUACACCCUCGGCAUGGCAGUUAGAUGCACAUCAAUGUGCUCAAUCCGCAAGAACUUCCCAGCCCAAGAAACAGCAAUGUCGCUCAGGAACGAGCAGCUGUCGAUCCAGUACGAAGGGAACCUGGUCCCGCUUGACCGGGCCAGUUGGCUCCCGCUGAUGGGCACUCACUCCGGAGCUAACGCGGAGCGCCGCUUGCUGAUCGUCUGGGCACAAAGUCAGGGGCGGAAAGGAAAGCUCAGCAAAAACCUGUUGUAA